UGCUAUUCCGCGAAACGGGUGCACCUGAACCUCGUCAAGAAGCACCCGAACCUACUGCCGGCCCGCCAGAAACGGCCGGCGCGUCCGCAGAGUUUUGGAGAUUCCCGUAAAGCUAUUAAGAUCUAUAGGGCGCUCAAGAAUACUCACUCGUCAGCGGCGGCUACCGGUUCCCCGAGGGCUGGCAGCAGCGGUAGGGCUCGUACGGUGAGCGCCAGUAGUCAGAAUCAGAGCGCCGGUGGUGGUAGGGCUCGCACUGUUAGUACGGAUAGUCGGGUGUAUCGCAAGCCGAUGCCAAAGUCGCGCCGCGAGGCCGAGGAUAAGAGGAGACGUACGUCCACUCCGAAGGCUAAGAAGUUGGUGAACAAUACGCUGGCGAUGAGUACUGAUGUGUCCGCGGAUCAGGUGGUCGUCGAUGGUGUCGUCCAUAGUAUGCUCGACGCUGUGUCAACCGAUGAUAAUAUGAGUCAAGAGAGCAAUACCGGCGCCAAUAAGGAUAGUCAGGAGCCGGCGAUGUAUAGCUCGGAUGUGUCCAUAUCUGAGAAUGAGUAUAACUUCUGCGAGUUUAGCGGCAGUUCCGACGACUCGGACACCGAUAAGGACUUCAAGCCUUCCGUGUACUACAAGAAUAAGAUUAAAAUACCGUUUAUUUUCAUACAUUAA